UAUCAGGUGGUAAUUGAUAAUGGCAUUGUGCAACUUUCUCUAACUAAUCCCACUGGUGCUAUUUUUGGAGUUAAAUAUAAUGGCAUUGAUAAUCUCCUUGAACCCUUACAAGAAACACAAAGGGGAUAUUGGGAUACUGUGUGGAACGGGAAAUUUGACACGCUUUUUGCGUCAAAAUUUAGUGUGAUAUCACAAGAUGUUAACAAAGUUGAAGUUUCUUUCCAAAAAACACAUGAUCCUUUGAAUGGUAACAAUCCUCCUCUAAAUGUUGACAAAAGGUAUGUGAUGCUACGUGGGAGUUCUGGAUUUUAUUCAUAUGGAAUAUUUGAACAUUUAAAAGGAUGGCCAGCACUAAAUUUGGAUGAAGCUAGAAUUGCUAUUAAGCUCAGCAAAUCACUGUAA